AUGUCAGAGGCAAGUGACAGCCAGAACAGGUCAAAACAAGAAGCAAGUCUGAGUGAGGGCACAAGCCCUAGUGGUAGUUAUGAUGAGGGCACCAAGAGCACACCAAGUAAUCUACCAAAGACUGCCACUAAAACAAGGAAGAAGAAAACCUUAGACAGUGAGAAUGAUGAUUUUGUUGCAGAUGAGGAAGUAACCUCCAAGAAGAAAGUAGUUCUCAGAAAAGAGUAUGGCUCUUCAACUGCUACCAAGCCAGGUCUCAAGAAGAAAGCCCUUGCCAAGAGAGUUCCUAUGUCAAAAGCCACAAAAUCUACUCAAGAAACUAUGAUAUUCACUCUUGAACAAUCAGAUGAUGAUGAUGAGGCUGAUGUUGGUAAGAAGAAGAAGAGAGCUAGAAAGACCACUGCCACAGUUCUUGGGAAGCCUUCCAUGAGAAGAGAUGAAGAUGAAGAAGAAGAGGAAGAAGAACCAGUUGCACCUCCUGCCAAGACUCAGAAAUUGAUGUUAGAUCCUAUGAAGUCUGCCAACCCCUCCAAGUCUAAGACCAAAGCUCCAGUUCCCGCACCUAAGAGAUCAACUAGGAACAUCCCAGCCGCUGAAAAGAACAAGGCCCCAGUGCCAGAAACUCAAGAGGAUGAGGAGCCACUAGUGCUCAGAAAAUUGAAGCCCAAGAUUGCAGAUCAUGAUGAUGGACAUCCAGUUGCAGAAAACAUGAAGCUCAGGAAGGACAGAGGUCUGAGAGAAUGGAGGAAAGUGGAUCCAUAUUCAGUGAGGAGAAGAAUAGAUUGUGAUUAUCGUUUCCAUACCCGUGAACAGCAAGAUUUUUAUGAGAUAGUGCUACUUGACAAGAAGCCCAUCAUAAGCAACAUGAAGUGA